AUGGCUACUAUUGCGAUUGGUUUUGCGACAGCUUGGUUCUUCGUCGUUGCGAUGUUCUUCAGUAUUAAUAACUUUGAUACCAUUGUCGGCACCGUUACAAGAGUACCAAUUCUAGAAUUAUUUUACCAGUCUCUUGGCAACAAAUCUGCUGCAAUCCUUCUAGAGUCCCUUAUCAUGGCAACUGGAAUCGGUUGUCUGAUUGCAUGUCACACAUGGCAAUCCCGCCUCUGUUGGACUUUUGCUCGAGAUGGCGGUGUCCCAUUCCAUAAGUCCCUAGCCAAGAUCAAUGUUACACUAGAUGUUCCAUUACGUGCACAUGCUUUGAGUGCAACAGUCGUUUCUAUACUUGGACUUUUGUAUUUGGUUUCAACAACUGCUUUUAACAGGUUCUCAUUCCCAAUACAUCUUCCUGUGACCACAUCCAUUACACCAUGA